AUGAAGUCUGCAAUAAGAAGAUUUUUUAUAAAAGUGAAAAAUCCAUUUAAUAUUAAUAUUGUUCAGUUUCUAAGGAAAGAGAAUUAUUCUCAGUCAUCAUGUAAUGCCACAAAUAUUAAAAAACAAUCUAGCGAUGUUUUUAAACCUAACCGCUUUAUAUCCGAGAAUAAAUAUGAAGAUUCAAAAAAAAUUAACUUCACUGGAUAUACUUUGUUGGGUAUACCUAUUGCUGCAUUUAUGCUUGGUACAUGGCAAGUUCAUAGAUAUCAAUGGAAAUUAAAUUUAAUAGAAAAAUUAAACAGUCAUAUCAAUCAUGAGCCUAUUGAAUUACCAGAAAAUUUAGAAGCAUUGGAGUCAAAAGAGUAUUAUCCUAUUAAAGUAAGAGGCGAAUUUAUAUAUGAGAAAGAAUUUAUAGUAGGAUAUAGAGGAUUAAUAGUAGAUGGUAAAUCUGCAGACAAUACUUUAAUUGGUAUUCCAAAUGCAAAAAUGGGAUUCCAUAUUAUAACACCCUUUAAAUUGGCAAAUCAAGAUUUGACAAUCUUGGUAAAUCGUGGCUGGAUUCCAAGAUUUCAUAAAAAUCCAGUAAAAAGACAGAAAAAUCAAAUACAAGGGCAAACAGAAAUUGUAGGAAUUUUAAGACUGAAUGAAAACAGACCUCCAUUUGUCCCUAAAAAUCGCCCACACGCCGAUACGUGGUACUAUAGAGAUGUGUAUGCAAUGGCUGAAAAAGUAGACGCAUCCCCUAUAUACAUUGAAUUGAAAUCUAAUAAUCAUUUGCAAGAAUAUCCAAAAGCUAAUCAAACAAGAGUGGAAUUACGAAAUGAGCAUCUGAGUUAUAUUCUUACAUGGUAUUGUCUGUCUGCAGCUACUGGGUACAUGUGGUUCAAGAAAUUUAUAAGAGGAAUACCAUUAAUAUUGUAAAAAUAAGUUAGCAGUGCAUAAGCAUUUAAAGAUAUAAAAUAGUAACUAUCGGAAAAUUAGUAUAUACAGGAUAUUUCCUUUACCCUAAUGAGAUACUUAUUGGAAUUUAUAUAGAACUUAUUUCAAAGAUUUAAGGCUUUCACGA